AUGCAUUCUCAAAAAAGACAGAAACAACUAAGAAGACAAAGAAUUAUAAGAAGACAUUUUCGACCUAACAUACUUAUUAAUAAUGCUGAUACCACUACAUUCGCUACUCUAAUUUCGUUUGCAAUUAAAGUUCAACCUCCGACUGGAAAACAAUUUGUAAUUAGAGCUGCGGAUGGGGCGUUAGAAUAUAUGCCAGAUGACUUAGUUCGAGAAGUCAUUACUGGCGUUGAACAUACAUAA